GUCACCCUUAGAUUAGAACGCUAAUACGAUUGUAUCAGAAUAGCGUUAUUUUAUCGGCCAAACCGCUGAUCACGUCUUAAUUCUUGACUAGGAGCCGCAUCUUGAAACGGAAGUGACGACAUCGCACCCGCACUUUUUCAAAACUCGGCGCCCGGCCGCUAAAGUCGACGUUCGGUCCGUCCGCUCCGACUUGUCGGGGGGAAGAAAACCCACUCUUCGCCGUCUACACGUGAAGAUUUGCAAGCUGCUGCUGAAAUGAAGAGAACAGCCACUACAUUAAAGUCCAAAGACACGGCAACCGUCUCCUCAGCUGCCACUGGCCUCCCGAGACCAGUGGCUGUCCUGAGGCCCCAGAAAGAAAAUGUACCUAGAAAAAACACUGUUGCUAAAGUUCACAAAGGACCUUCCACCAGAUAUGGACAACAGACCGAUUUGAGAGACCAAAAUCAACAUUUGGUGUUGGCCAACGAGGAACUGCAGAAAAACCUCACAGAGACUCAGGAGAGAGUAGCUGAGCUGGAGCAGCAGGCCAGUGACCUUGAAAGGGAGAAAGCUGAUGUCCAGAAACGCCUUAAAGAGUGCCACAUUGUACUCGUUGCUGGUCAGAUGGACCCAAUUUUAGGAGAGAAGAUUGGGGAAGCUGCCCAGCAGAAUGACGAUCAAAGAAGAGAAGUGUUGAGUAUAUCCAGAGAUCUUCUCAAUGAAUUAAGACAGUUUGAUGACAUUGCAUCAAAGCAACAUGUACAGCUAGAGGCAAUCCAGUCCACAAUGAAAGACCUAAUUGGAGCACGAGAACAUCUGGAGCAGGAAAGGGAGAAUUUCUCCCUCGAAGUCGCUGAAAUGGAGAGGUCUCUUGAGGAAGCUGAGCGGCUCUUAUCAAAUUAAUUAUGAAAGAUUUUCUCAAGUCUAAGCUACAUUUUGAUGUGUAUAAAUGCAUAUAAAGUUUUUGUGUUAUUUUUAAUUGUUACUAAAUAAA